CAUGGCAGUCCUGCUACCUCAACUGGAAGAGAUGACAGAUUUGGAUCCCAUGCUCCAUAGGGAUUUUCUGGUGUUCGUUUCGUCGCCUCUUUCAUAGGAAUGUAAUGUCUCUUUUCCUUUUUUUCUUUAAACACUGUCUUUUCUUUACAUGGUAAUCGCGUCAGUAAAUCGGAUUCUGAUGUUUUUGAUGCCUUUGUUCACGGAGUUGCUUGGAUCAUGUCCUCAUAUUUGUCUACACCAAAUUGAUUGAAGCUACCAAAUCAGUUGCUGUUCUUAUCAGACGCAUCCCUGGGAAGGCUGCUUCUGUUCUCCCCAUCCGGGCAUCUACCCCUAGCUACGGCAUUCUCGAGCACCUAGGAUUCCUGUGACCAAGUUGUUAUACUUGGCUAACGACACAUUCCACGUAGCUGUUGGUAACAGCUUGCUGUUCUUUUAUUUCACUCGGGUAUUCCUUCAAAGAAAACUGUUAUCUUACUCAAGAAACCAGUAUGGCUCGGAAUUUCAUAUGCCCUUUGUUGGUGCUCAUCAUGAUGGGUAUGCAGGUCUUGUGCGGCGCGUCGUCUUUAGACCGCGGUUUCUGUGCCACGCCUGCGCCCAGCGAACGAUUGAAAGCAGAAUUUAGGAGGCUGAGUAUGUCAAUACCACGAACCAACUCGAGCUUUGUAUAUGAGACCCGAGAGGCCGAAAGCACGAUUGAAAUAGAAACAUGGUUUCAUAUCGUGAGCAGCCAGGCUGCGGCCAACUCGGUUUCGGACCAGAUGAUAGCCUCCCAGUUGAUCUAUCUACAAAAGGCAUAUGAGAAUGCCACCAUAUCUUAUCGCCUCAAAGGCAUUACUCGUCAUGUGAAUGAUACAUGGGCCCACAACCAGGAUGAAAUUGCCAUGAAGAGUGCUUUGCGCCGUGGGAGUUACAGCACUCUUAAUGUUUAUUUCCAGACAGAUCUUCAGAUUUCAUCUGAUGGAGGUGCUCGAGCAUUGCGCGGUGUCUCUGCGCGACAGAUGGGAACUCUAUCGUCCAGCGUACUCGGCUUUUGCACUCUGCCUGACCCAAGCAUGAAUGCCAGUAGCCCACGUUCCACCUAUAUAAAGGACGGCUGUAACGUCCUGGCCAGGACUAUGCCUGGAGGUUCCUUAGCGCAUUACAACCGAGGAGGAACGGCCGUCCACGAGAUUGGGCACUGGAACGGACUUCUCCAUACAUUCGAAGGAGACACUUGCUCAUCCAAUAACGAAGGCGACUAUAUAGACGACACCCCACAACAAUCUGAACCGACUAAUGGUUGUCCGGCUCAGAAAGACUCAUGUCCAGACCUCCCUGGUCUGGAUGCAAUCCACAAUUUUAUGGACUAUUCAUCUGAUGAUUGCUACGAGAACUUUACACCUGAUCAAAUUGAGAGAAUGAGGAAUAUGUGGUUUUCCAUGAGGGCAGGGAAGUGAAGGAGUAGAGACACGUCGAGGUUUACUGCAUAUAGGCUGUACACAGCACCUCAGGGCUACUCCUAUACACGUAUCAUGUUAGAAACGUCAGCUGUUAUAUUACUUGGUCGCAGUUGCGCGUGUCAAGCGGACCCUAAGAGUUUGCGGUAAAUGUCAUACCGAUCAAUGGGUGCGGGAAAUCCAUGUGUGACUGCAUUAAGAUGGUAGCACAUC